AUGAGUGGGGAGAAAAUACAGCUGGUUAGAGAGCUACAUGCACCGGCUCGUCGUAACUUUAAGCGUCGACGAGUGAUCGUGAAAGGCUUUGAUGACUUGUGGCAAGCGGAUUUGGUCGAAAUGCGGCAGUAUGCGAAAAUAAAUAAAAAUUUCAAUUACAUUCUGACGGUCAUUGACGUGUUAUCCAAAUUUGCGUGGGCUGUGGCAUUGGAAAAUAAGAGUGCUCAAUCGGUUGUCGACGGAUUUAAAGAAGUUCUUCAAAGCGGCCGUUCACCUAAGAAUCUUCAGUCGGACGACGGUAAAGAAUUUUUCAAUGUCGAAUUCAAAAAGUUAAUGAAAAAGCACAACAUCAACCAAUACUCGACCUACAACGCUAUGAAGGCAUCGGUCAUACACAUAACAUGUGGUGAUCAUUCAUGGGUGACGGAAUACAAUAAGAGCAAACAUCGUACCACGGGUAUGGCGCCGAUAAAAGUGAAUCGUAAAAAUGCAAACCAGCUACUCGCAACAGUCUACAGCAACGUUAAACAAGUUAAGCCGGCAAAAUAUCAAGUCGGAGAUUUCAUUCAAAAAGUACAAAACACAAAUCCGCGAACUUAUCUUCUGAUAGAUCAGCAGUCAAACCCAAUCCGGGGGGGUUUCUAUGAACAAUAA